UUCAAGACGGCCCUGGUCGUCGGCCUGGGCGAGUUCUGCGGCACCUUCAUGUUCUUGCUGCUCUCUUUCAUGGGAGCCCAGGCAGCUCUUGACAACAGGCCGGAUGGCGGGAAGCUGGAUGCGUCGACGCUGCUGUACAUUGCGUCGUCUUUUGGGACGGCGCUGGCCGUCAAUGUGUGGGUGUUUUAUAGAGUGACGGGUGGCAUGUUUAAUCCUGCGGUCACGCUAGGACUCGUCCUUGUCGGGGCCGUAAAGCCCCUCCGGGCACUCAUCAUCGUGCCAAUGCAAAUCGCCGCCGGCAUCGCGGCCGCAGCGACAGUGUCAGGUCUGCUGCCCGGCCCUCUGGGCGUGACCAACAGCCUGGGCAGCAACACGAGCAUCGUGCAGGGCCUCUUCAUCGAGAUGUUCCUGACGGCGCAGCUGGUACUGACGGUGUACUUCCUGGCCGUGGAGAAGCACCGUGCCACGUUCCUCGCGCCCGUGGGCAUCGGCGUCUCCGUCUUCAUCGCGCACAUGGCCGGCACCAACUUCACCGGCACGGGCAUCAACCCGGUGCGGUCGUUUGGCCCCGCGGUGGUGACGGGCAGCUUCAGGGGAUAUCACUGGAUAUACUGGCUGGGGCCGUGCCUGGGGGCGUUGCUCUCGUUCAGCGUGUAUAGCUUGCUCAAGGGCUUGGAGUAUCAGAUUGCCAACCCAGGGCAGGAU